AUGUCUACCCCCCUGAGGCGGCUUAGUUUCGGGGUCGAGAUCGAGGUUGUUGGCGAGCCCUGGAAAGUAAGGGAGGGUUGGAGGCCCCAGCAGUAUUACGACAGACUUCAAAAAGCCUUGGAGAACCGAGGUCUUGCAGCAUCAGUUGACCGACCCGAUCACUAUGAUAAAUGGUUCAUCACAACUGAUGCAUCCCUUCACGCUGUGGAGCCACAAGUGAGCUUGGAAGCCGUCUCGCCAAAAAUGACGCUAAAUGGAGACUACGCAGAUCAAAUCAAAUUGUUCUGGGAGUCUUUGAGGAUUGUGUUCAAAGUUCAGAUGAACCCAUCAGCCGGGACCCACAUUCACAUCGGAUCUCUGGGUGCGAACUUCAGUCUCGAUGAUGCCAAACGAAUCGCUUUUGCGGCGUGUAUCUAUGAGCCAUAUGUCUUUUCUCUCCUACCUACAGCACGGCGAGAUAAUCCAUAUUGUGUACGCAACUCAAAACGACCGGGCAGAAUGAGGGAAUUGUUCGAACAGCGCACCCCUGCCGCCUUGCGGCUGAUCUCAAACGACAUCAAGGCAUGCGCAGACUUUAGUCAGUUGGUCGUAUAUAUGCAAGGAAGUGGACAAGACGUGAAGAGUAGAAGAACGCUUUGGAAUUUCCAGAAUUUGGCACGAGGACCAACCGCUGGGUAUCCACCAACCUAUACGGUUGAGUUUCGGGGCGGCCGGCAUAUGCGAGGGCAUUUGAGGACGCUGGCUUGGCUUUCUUUUGCCGUCACGUUCAUUGCCAUGGCACUGCAAGAAAAUCUUGUAAACUCUCCAGGGCCAUAUUGUGUCUCUCACAAUGGAAAGGCUGCAGAAGUAGCCCGGUUCUGGACGAAAUUGAGGAGCAGUGCAAAGCUUCUGAAAAUUGAUGAACAUCUGCCAAGUAGCUUCAAGAUGAUGAGUGAGAAGGAGCCCUGGGCGUGA